UGGCGCAGAGGCACCCGGCCGCCCUCCGGAGCUGCUGCUGGAGCAGGAGGAACAUGCUGCCCGCCACGUUCAAGCUGUGCGCUGCCAUCUCUUACCGGCACCUGCGCAACAUGACCGGUCUGAGGAGACAAGCUGCUGUUGCCAUCAGCCAGGAACUGAGCAAGCUAGCCUGCCGCAGCACGGGUCCCAGCACGUGGAUUAACCAAGUUCGCAGGAGAAGCUCCCUGCUCAGCUCCAGGCUGGAGGAGAAGCCCUUCAGCGAGAUGGAAAUGUCUUAUAUCAAGCAAGGAGAAGAAGCCCUUCAGAAAUCGCUCAGCAUCCUUGGAGACCAGGAUGGGUGGAAGACUGAGACAGUGGUGGAUAACGGAGACAAAGUGCUGAGCAAGGUGCUCCCAGAUGUGGGGAAGGUGUUUCGCCUCGAGGUGGUGGUGGACCAGCCCCUGGAUGCAGUAUACAGUGAGCUGGUGGACAGGAUGGAGCAGAUGGGAGACUGGAACCCCAGUGUCAAAGAAGUCAAGAUUCUUCAGAAGAUUGGAAAAGACACAGUGAUCACCCAUGAGAAAGCAGCUGCUACCCCGGGUAACAUUGUUGGACCACGGGACUUUGUCAGUGUCCGGUGUUCUAAGAGACGUGGUUCAACCUGUGUCCUGGCUGGGAUGGCUACGAAAUAUGGAGCUAUGCCAGAACAAGAGGGAUUUAUAAGAGCUGAGAACGGUCCCACUUGUAUGAUCCUGCGUCCACUGCCUGGAAAUCCUUCACAAACUAAGCUAACGUGGCUUCUCAGUAUUGAUCUAAAGGGGUGGCUGCCAAAGACGAUAAUCAACCAGGUACUCUCCCAGACACAGGUAGACUUCGCCAAUCAUCUUCGUGAGCGCCUGGCCCAGGCUGUCAUGAACUGCUGACUGCAGCAAAUGCUGAGCAGCACAUUCCAGUGUGUGCGUGGACUAUGUUUUAAUGCUUUCUUCAGUGGUAUAAAUAGGGCUCCUUUAAUUAGGUAACUGGUGGGGUGGGGUGG